AUGACAAUAGGCGUCAUGACGUAUAUUUCAUAACGUACUACGUAUUUCAAGAUGGCGGCUUCCAGUGACCGGUCGUGUUAUGAGAUACACUUCUUUUUUUCAAUGACAGCAUGUUAAGUUUGUCUAAGAAGUGAAUAUUGUACAUGUUUUUUCUUUAAAGAAAAUACCGGUAAUACUUCACACUUGUGACAGAUGGUCAGCAGAAGAGCCCGGUGACUGUUUCCGAUUAUAGCAAGUGGCUGAAAUAAACUUUGGGUUACUGUGUGACAGACGAUACCGAUAACACGGAAAAUGCUUCCAACCACAUGCUGUCGACUUUGCUGCAGGGCUUUGUACAGCCGGGGACAGAGGGCGCUAAGUUUGUUCUCCAGCUCGGGACCUUCAAACUGGAGUAAAGUAGUCUCCGACGCAGAGAAGAUCGUGGGAUAUCCAACUUCGUUUAUGAGUCUGCGCUGUCUCCUCAGCGAUGAGCUCAGUAAUGUUGCUGUGAAUGUCAGGAAGCUGGUGGGGACCCGACACCCAUUACUCAGCACCGCCAGAGGCUUUGUCUACGACAACAGGAACAACCUUCAAAUGAGAGGUGUGAUUGUCCUACUCAUGUCAAAAGCUGCAGGACCAAGCCAUGCAGCAUCAGAUGCCCUCGUUCAGGACAUGGUCAGCGGUAUCUACCCCAGCCAAAGGAAUCUGGCUGAAAUCACAGAAUUGAUCCACACUGCGUUCCUGGUGCAUCGCGGCAUAGUCAAUCUGAAAGAGUGGACAGUUUCAGACGGUCCCCUGAAGGACAUGCAAUUUGGGAAUAAGAUGGCUGUCUUGAGCGGAGACUUCCUGCUAGCAAACGCAUGUACUGGCCUGGCAAAGCUGGAUAACACUAAGGUUGUUGAGCUGAUUUCCAGUGCCAUUGGUGAUUUAGUCCAAGGCAUCUACUACGAAAGUCCCAGUUAUACAGAGGACAACAGUGCCAGUGAUGGCAUCGAUGUACAGACUUGGGAGGAGCAGUCGUUCCUGUCCCAUGGUGCUCUCCUGGCCAAGAGCUGUCAGGCUGCGAUGGAGCUGGCCAAUCACGACAAGGAGGCUCAACGGCUGGCCUACAAAUAUGGCAAGCACUUAUCACUCGGCCACAGGCUGAACUCUGACCUGCAGCCGUUUGUGAAGAGCAGCGUGGGAGAGCCCGUGUCAUUCAGUUUGAGCGCUGCCCCCGUGGUUUUCCACCGUCAGAUCGUCGGGGAGAAAAGAUGGCGUCAGCAGCUGCAGCAGGCUAAAACUGGGGGAAAUCAACUGGAUUACUCGAAGAUUUUGGCAGCAGUCAAAUCGGAGAAAGGCAUGAGCUCAGCGGUGGACUUGUGUUGUUACCAUGGCAACAAGGCUCUGGAGGCCAUCCAGACUUUCCCCUCCUCCGAGGCUCGAUCCGCCUUGGAGAACAUUGCCUCUGCUGUCACUAAAUGCUGACUUGGACACACACACACACACACACAGAAACACACACACACAGAAACACACAAACUGCCGCAGCCCGAGGUGUUUCUUUGUGUGCUCCCAGACACAGGUGAACUCGAUUUGAGCCAAGUGCUGGCUCGUGUCUGCACAAAUAGUUUGAUCUGUGACGAAUGACCACCACACCAGUCAUAGUUACGGAGUGACACAAGAACACAAAACUCAAGCGUCACAUCUGGGUGCUGCAUGUCUCUGACGCAUCCUCCAAGCCGCGUUUUCCUGGGCAGGAAUAUAUCACACUAAGAACCUGGCAGUUAAUUGUUACCUUGCUUAUCAGCCACGGCACAAACCAGGCAGAACAUAAUUUAAGACGGUUUAGAGAAGUACAUCGUCAUGUGGAAAAUGUGUCCUCAGCAGCAAAUUAUUCAGUGGACAGCUCUUAUUCUGUAAGGAGCACGGGGGGGG